UAUUACUCCAUUGCAAAGGAAAACGCGAGUCGAUUAGGUACGUUUGCAUUCUUUCUGGAGAACAUAACCGUCAAAUCCUGCCUCACCCGUCUAAUUUUCGCUACCAUGAUGUGGAUUUAUAUACUAAUCAUAAACCUUAUACUUGCUGGAUUUGUGCUAGAGAUCCAUGGUAGGGUGAAAGUGUCAUUCAGACUGGUAAACUACGAAAACAACGGUCACUAUGAACUUGAUGGGGGAUGUUGUGACACUUUUUUCGGUUGUAAUAGAUGCGACAACGAAUUCACACUCUGCUUUGAUGUCUACGGAGGGAAUAACGAUAUGAACAAUUGUGCUUAUGGCAAGUUUCAAACGGACCUCCUCUAUGAAAACAAUGAUAAUUUCAACUUCCCGUCGUCUCUAGCCAGCAAUCUAGUAAACCCAAUUGUAUUGACUAUCAGUCCAUGGUCGACCGGGUUCAAGUCCAAGAUUGAAGUUUGGGAUUAUGAUCCACAAAAUUCAGACGACAAGAUAGAUUAUUACGGCAACAAUUACAACUAUAGUCCCGAUCGAACAUCAGCUUUGGCAACAGAACACACUGUGACACUGAAUGGAGCAGGAUCAUCUCUAACGAGGGUUGCAGUGAAGGUUUACUGCGAUGUGCAUUACUACGGAACGUCUUCAGGCUGUAGCACGUAUUGUUUAGCGAGAGACAACAGUAGAGGCCACUAUGAUUGUAAUGAUAUUACAGGAGCUAGGGUUUGUCACUCAGGAUGGCAAGGAUAUUACUGCAAUCUAGAGAUCAAUGAAUGCGACUCAGAUCCGUGUCAGUUCAACGCUGUCUGUACAGAUCUCUUGGCUGAUUAUAGAUGUAACUGCCCAGCUGGUACACGAGGUAAGAACUGCGACGACAUAAACGAGUGUUCUUCAGACCCCUGUGAACACGGAGGCACGUGCGAGAAUAAACUCAACCAUUAUCAAUGUGAUUGUCCAAGAGAGUAUAGCGGUGCCAACUGUGAAUUCGAGAUAGACUUCUGUGUCUCUGACCCCUGUCAAAAUGGUGCAACAUGCCUGGGUGAAAAUGACAUUGGCGUCCUGGAGUGUGUAUGUGCUCCAGGUUACAACGGUGAUUUCUGUGAUGCAGAUAUCGAUGAAUGUAUCGGAGUGGACUGUCUGAAUAAUGGCACCUGUCAAGAUGGUGUUAAUGAAUUUACGUGUAAUUGCACAGAGGGGUAUGGAGGAACCUACUGUAAGUUAGAUAUUCGAGAUGAGUGUGCAUCCAGCCCAUGUCAGAACAACGCGUCAUGCGUAGAUAUGGUUGGUGGAUAUGUUUGUGUAUGUCGAGCUGGCUUUCAAAGUGAUAACUGUGAGAAGGAUGUCAAUGAGUGCGAUCCCGAUCCUUGUUCUUAUGGUAACUGCACAGAUCAAGUCGGACGAUACACAUGCGACUGUUGGCCUGGCUACUCUGGAGAGAACUGUACAGUGAACAUAGACGAAUGUGUGGAUAACAUGUGCCAGAAAAAUUCAACUUGUCAAGACGGAGUGAAUAACUACACAUGUAGUUGCAUGUCAGGGUAUACCGGUGUCUACUGUGACACUGAGAUUGAUGAGUGCUCAAGCUCUCCAUGUCAGAAUGGCGGAAGGUGUGAGGACAGUCUCGACAGUUUCACGUGCCAAUGUGCGUCGACCGGAUACCGAAGUCUACUAUGUGAAAUCGACAUUGAUGAAUGCCAGGAUGAACAAGCGUGUCCAUCCAACAAGAGAUGUGCCAAUGUAAAUGGGAGCUACGAUUGCAACACCAAACCUCCGGAACCGACUCCCAUUCCAGGACUGUGUCGUACCAGUGUGUGCUAUAAUGAAGGAACAUGUCAGAUCAUCAAUGGUAGCUACCAAUGCGUAUGUACAGAUGACUUUUCAGGCGAGCUUUGUGAGACUCCCACAGAGCCAUGUUCUUCUAGCCCAUGCCAGAACGAUGGAAACUGCCAUUUCGUAACUGCGGGGGAUGGGUCCGUCUAUUACAUUUGCCAAUGCUUAGAAGAUUAUGCAGGAAUCAACUGUGAACUACCGCUUCCGAUGGGAAUAGCUUCGGAAGGAGUCUUCGCCCACUUGGAAUUCGUACUGAUUGCACUACUUUUCGUUAUAAUCAUCCUAUUUGGCAUUUGUGUCAUCAAAGUCCGCAGGAGAAAGAAAUUGGCGACAGCGACAUCGAUGCCGACGACACACGAUGCUACUACAGCAGCUACUACAGCAGACCCACCCCAUCCACCAAACAUACCCAUGAACAACUUAGUCAGUCAACCAAUAAAUGGCAGCCUACCGCCGACCGCUUCACCAGGUACAAGUACAACAAUUGAUAACAAUUUUAUGUGUCUGGGUUGAGUGAAAGACGUUAAUUUGAAGGCAUAUGCAUAUACAGUAGUUCAUGACCAAGGUAAUUUCAUAUGUUUUCCUUUCGAAUGUCACUGAUGCAUUUUGUAAAUAUGACUUUUGGUAGAUAUUUUAAUCAGUUACCAAACAUGUGAUGGAAAUAGUUCUUGAAGCAGUCGAGCGCUUACAAUCACGUGAUACUAAUAUUGUAACGACUUUUAUGAUUGCUUGUAUUAGAGAAUUAUGUUUAAU